AUGGAUAAAAAGAACAAGUUGGCGUUCUUGUCGAUGCCCGCUCCGGCGUCGUAUGUCGCUGGUUUAGGUCGAGGUGCAUCCGGCUUCACAACCCGCUCAGACAUCGGCCCCGCACGCGAAGGACCCUCGGAGGAAGUCAUCGCCGAGGCACGGGCGCGGCGGGGGGAGGAGGACGUCGACCCCGAGCAGUUCCAGGACCCGGAUAAUGAGUAUGGACUGUUUGCGGGUACGACGUAUGAGGCGGAUGAUGAGGAGGCGGAUAGGAUUUGGGAAGGGGUGGAUGAGGCUAUGGAUAAGAGGAGGAGGGCGAAGCGGGAGGCGAGAGAACAAGAAGAACUCGCCCGCCACCGCGCCGAACGCCCGAAAAUCCAACAACAGUUCGCGGAUCUCAAACGCGGUUUGGCAGAACUCACAGAAGAGGAGUGGAAUAUCCCUGAAGUGGGUAACCUGACGCGUAGGAAGAGGAGGAGGGAGAAUGAGAGGAGUUAUGUGGUGCCUGAUAGUGUGUUGGUGGGGGAUAGAGCGAAAGGGGAGUAUGAGAGUUCGUUGGAUCCUACGCAGCAGGCGACGGGAGGCUUUGAAACGCCCGCUGGAGCGACACUUGACUCGGGUACGAUGACCAACUUUGUCGAGAUCGGUCAAGCCAGAGAUAAGAUUCUUUCCCUCAAACUUGACCAGGUAUCCAACCCAUCGUCAAGUAUCUCAGGUACCUCGACGUCGAUCGAUCCCAAAGGAUAUCUUACGUCUCUCGACACGCUUUCGUCGACGCAUAAGUCGAGUUCGGAGAUUGGUGAUAUUAAGAGGGCGAGGAUGUUGUUUGAUUCGUUGGUUAAGAGUAAUCCCAAGCACGCGCCUGGAUGGAUCGCCGCCGCUUGUCUUGAGGAACAUGCCGGAAGACUGGUUAAAGCCCGCAAGAUCAUUCGAGAAGGGUGCGAGAAUUGUAAGACGAGUGAGGAUGUGUGGUUGGAGGCUGCUCGAUUGCACUCAAACGAAGACGCCAAAGUCAUCCUCGCGAACGCGGUUCAGCAUGUAGGACAGAGCGUGAAGAUUUGGCUUGCGGCUGCGGAUUUGGAGCAUGAUGUGAAAGCGAAAAAGAGGGUUUUGCGGAAAGCCCUCGAACAUAUCCCCAACUCGGUCCGCCUAUGGAAAGAAACCGUCAACCUCGAAUCCUCCGCCUCGGACGCCCGGAUCCUCCUAGCGCGUGCGGUGGAGGUUAUCCCGUCUUCUGUGGAGUUGUGGUUAGCCUUAGCACGACUCGAGACCCCCGACAAGGCCAAGGCGGUACUGAAUAAGGCUCGGAAGGCUGUUCCUACUAGUCAUGAGAUUUGGAUUGCGGCGGGGAGGUUGUUGGAGCAGGAGGCGUUGAGGGUCGAGGAGGAUGAGGAGGAGGCGAAGGUUAAGAAGGAGGAAGGGGAGGUCAAGAUUAAGAAAGAAGAAGACGGGAUGGAUGUGGACCAAAUACCCGACUCCGCACCCACCACCACUCCUGCACCGAAACCCAAAGAAAAGCCGAAGGAGAAGAAAUACAAAAAAUCGCCCGAGCAGCGCCAAAAAGAAUUGGAAGCGGUGGACAAGACGAUUGAGCUUGCGGUUAGAGAGUUGAGGAAGCAUCAGGUGCUGUUGACGCGUGAGCAGUGGUUGAAGGAGGCUGAAAAGUGUGAGGAGGAUGGGAGUUUGAGGACGUGUGAGGCGAUUGUGAAGGCUACUGUUGGGAUGGUUGGGGAAGACGAAGAUGACGACGAACGCCUGGAUUUGUGGAUGGCGGAUGCCGAGUCGUGUGAGGCGCGUGGUAAAGUUGGGACUGCGCGUGCGAUUUUGGCGUAUGCGCUUCGUGUGUACCCGGAUAGGAGGAGGUUAUGGAGGCAGGCUGUGGAUUUGGAGAAGGCGCAUGGGACUCGCGAAAGCCUCGACGCCAUCCUCUCCCGCGCUGUCCAACACUGUCCACAAGCCGAAGUCCUCUGGCUCAUGGCCGCCAAAGAGAAAUGGAACGCGGGUGAUGUGGAUGGUGCGCGUGAGAUUCUCGAUAGGGCGUUUGUGGCCAACAAAGAGAGUGAGGCGAUUUGGUUGGCGGCUGUGAAACUUGAAGCUGAGAAUGGCGAGUUGGGAGCUGCGAGGGAGUUGUUGGUGAGGGCGAGGAGUGUUGCUGAUACUGAGAGGAUUUGGAUGAAGUCGGCGGUAUUUGAGAGACGCCAGAACCAACUCGAUACGGCACUCGAAACGAUCAACACGGCCCUCCAAAAAUUCCCUAAAUCCCCGAAAUCGUACCUCAUCCAAUCCCAAAUCUACCUCCUCAAGAAUAACAUCCCCGCAGCGCGCGGUUCGCUCUCCGCCGGUCUUAAGGCGUGUCCUAGGGAUGCGAGGUUGUGGAUAGCGGCUAGUCGUCUGGAAGAGGUGGAUGGGAAGAGUAUUAAAGCGAGAGCGGUGUUGGAGAAGGCGCGGUUGGUGUUUGCGGAUAAGAAGGUUGUGGUUGAGUCGAGGAGGCGGAGGAAGGUUGGGUUGGAUGGGGAAGAGGAGGAGGAUGAGGAUGAGAGUGGGGCCAAGGGGGGUAAUAGUGCGGAGUGGGUGUGGGCGGAGAGUGUGCUUGUUGAGGAGCGGGCUGCUACCGCGUCUUCUGUGAGGGAGAAGGGGAAGCUUACGCCGUUGAGUUUUGCGUUGAAUCUUUCGUCCCUACCACCCAUCUCGACGCCUCAAGCUAAAUCGAUGCUCGCCCGUGCACUCCAAGACCAGCCUUCAUCCGGACUUUUAUGGUCCCUCGCGAUCUUUUCUGAAGCGCGUCCGCAGCGUAAAUCGAAGAGUGUGGAUGCGCUGAAGAAGACGGGUGAUGAUAAGAAUGUUGUGUGUGCUGUUGCUAGGUUGUUUUGGAGUGAGAGGAAGGUUGAGAAGGCGCGGGAGUGGUUUGUUAGAGUGAGGAGAGCUGGUGGGGGUGAGAGCUGGGGUGAUGGGUGGGCUUGGGGAUUGGUUUUUGAGAGGAGGUUUGGGAGUGAGGAACACCGUGCCACCCUCCGUGCGGCGUGUGCGGCUGCUGAACCAAGGUACGGGCCUGUAUGGCAGGCUGUGGCGAAGGAUGAUCGGAAUGUGGGGAAGAGUGUGGAGGAGGUUUUGGAGAUGGUUGCGGAUGUUUUGGAGGGGGGGUUGGGUGGUGUUGGGGGGAUGUAG